AUGGAGCCGGGCAGUAUACGCAGCAUUGAACGUACACCGCACGGCUCCGCCAAUCACCGGUCUCCAAAUCCCGGCUUGACAUGUGACAUUUUUCCGUCCAUCUGCCGCAUACGCGAUUCUCUUCUCAUCUGGAUCUUUGCCAAAAGUUUCGGGGUCCUCAUUUUCUAUGCUCUGAUUUGUGGCCCUGUAGCCGCAACCUUCACGACUACCGUUGCUCCGGUAGGCGCGGAGAUUGUGGGAUUACAACUCUUACCAUCUGCCUUGUCGAUCUUCUGGCUUUCGGUGGUCAUCCCGAGCACAUUUGCUGAACCGAUCGCCCUUUGGCUACGAACUGACAACGCAACCAAUUUUCUGCAUGCCCAGAUAUUUGUCGGCUUUAUGUUUAUGGCAGCAUGCAUUUGCCUCUGGCUUGUGCGGGCGUGGAAGAUAAUAGAGUUGGAAAAGGCUGGUGCUGACGGCGAUCCUCUCAAACGGGUAGCCCAGAUCAGGGACAAUGAUGCCGUGCCUCAAGAGCCCGUGGUCAGGACAGCGAGCAGCAUUCCUAGUAUGACGAGCAAGGCUAAGGCUGUGAAGGGAUUAUUCACGAUGGCGAGAGUAUAA